UGCCCGACAGGGGCUCGGCCGGCAGUCCGCAGAGGAAGUGGAAGACGGGAUCACCGGUGAGUCGCCAUGGACGCCGCUACAACAUCUCUCACGGAGUUCUUCUCCUUCCUCUCCAUCUCGAAACCGUCCACUCCACACCGUGAGUCAGUCUCUUUAAACUUUCAGUCUCAUACGAAGCCAAACCUGGCACGGUUGGCUGCCGCCAGGACCAGGAGCUCUGUUACGUCUUCUUCCCCAGAAUCUACCUCUCCCAUCUUAAGCGUAAGGAAUUACAAUGUUUUGAUCACUGUGGACAAUAACGAUCCUGAAGAGAAGCUAGUGAAUCAGUUCAGGAGACAGGUCUUGAGAGCUGGAAUCUUGCAGGAGUGUAAGAGGAGAAGAUUUUUUGAGAACAGCCAGGCGAAGAGAAAGAGGAAAGCUAGAGAAUCCGCAAAAAGGAAUCGCAAGAGAAGGGUUUGGAAGCCUGAAUCAAGAGCUGAGGAGCAGCAAAAACAGGAAAUCACUCGGAGGAAGGAUAUGGAUGAGGGAGAUGACAACUGGGAGUUCUACCAAGUAGACCUUCCUUACUGUUCAUAGAAAAAGCUCACUGCCUUGAGAGUUGAAGCCAUUAUUUGUAAUGUUUUGGCUUAGAGCAUCUUGCCUUCGAGCAUCCUUCUGUUGAUGUUAUUCAAUGCAGGCAGGUCUGUCUUCUGCUUUGAAGUUGAGCUGGUGUAGUUAGCAACACAGGACAAGAUUGUUUUGUGGUCGAGUAUCGGUUGCAAAGCUUUGGCCUUUGUCGAGACGACAAAGGCUUGGGGUCUGUCUUCUGCUUUGAAGUUGAGCUGGUGUAGUUAGCAACACAGGACAAGAUUGUUUUGUGGUCGAGUAUCGGUUGCAAAGCUUUGGCCUUUGUCGAGACGACAAAGGCUUGGGGUCUGUCUUCUGCUUUGAAGUUGAGCUGGUGUAGUUAGCAACACAGGACAAGAUUGUUUUGUGGUCGAGUAUCGGUUGCAAAGCUUUGGCCUUUGUCGAGACGACAAAGGCUUGGGGUCUGUCUUCUGCUUUGAAGUUGAGCUGGUGUAGUUAGCAACACAGGACAAGAUUGUUUUGUGGUCGAGUAUCGGUUGCAAAGCUUUGGCCUUUGUCGAGACGACAAAGGCUUGGGGUCUGUCUUCUGCUUUGAAGUUGAGCUGGUGUAGUUAGCAACACAGGACAAGAUUGUUUUGUGGUCGAGUAUCGGUUGCAAAGCUUUGGCCUUUGUCGAGACGACAAAGGCUUGGGGUCUGUCUUCUGCUUUGAAGUUGAGCUGGUGUAGUUAGCAACACAGGACAAGAUUGUUUUGUGGUCGAGUAUCGGUUGCAAAGCUUUGGCCUUUGUCGAGACGACAAAGGCUUGGGGUCUGUCUUCUGCUUUGAAGUUGAGCUGGUGUAGUUAGCAACACAGGACAAGAUUGUUUUGUGGUCGAGUAUCGGUUGCAAAGCUUUGGCCUUUGUCGAGACGACAAAGGCUUGGGGUCUGUCUUCUGCUUUGAAGUUGAGCUGGUGUAGUUAGCAACACAGGACAAGAUUGUUUUGUGGUCGAGUAUCGGUUGCAAAGCUUUGGCCUUUGUCGAGACGACAAAGGCUUGGGGUCUGUCUUCUGCUUUGAAGUUGAGCUGGUGUAGUUAGCAACACAGGACAAGAUUGUUUUGUGGUCGAGUAUCGGUUGCAAAGCUUUGGCCUUUGUCGAGACGACAAAGGCUUGGGGUCUGUCUUCUGCUUUGAAGUUGAGCUGGUGUAGUUAGCAACACAGGACAAGAUUGUUUUGUGGUCGAGUAUCGGUUGCAAAGCUUUGGCCUUUGUCGAGACGACAAAGGCUUGGGGUCUGUCUUCUGCUUUGAAGUUGAGCUGGUGUAGUUAGCAACACAGGACAAGAUUGUUUUGUGGUCGAGUAUCGGUUGCAAAGCUUUGGCCUUUGUCGAGACGACCAAGGGUUAGGCUUAGGUUCUGUUUGAUAACGAUUUUGUCUUUUAAUUUUUUGUUUUUAGUAAUUAAAUUUAUUUUCUCGCGGAUUCCUUACUA